AUUACACUCAAACAGUCUGAUCAAUCUUAACUAUCAGGGUCUCAUCAUUGCUGCAUAUAUGAAUCACAUUUUAGUCAAGAAACUACUUUCUGAGGAAACGAAUCACAAGGGUUUUGAUCAGAGUUGAUGGCAUUUUGUAAAUUUAAAAUCCUUAAGGAUAUUGUUUGCAGACUGACUGAAGGUCAAGUUUUGGUUCUUUAUAAACUUCCCAUCGGCCAAACAGUACUUCAGCCAGUUCGAGGACAUGGAGGAUCCCGAGGAGAUGGAGCGAAGCAGCCAACUUCGACACCAUGCCCGCAGGGUGAUGAACGCCAUCAAUACUGUGGUGGAGAACCUCCAUGACCCAGACAAAGUGUCGUCAGUACUGGCCCUGGUGGGAAAGGCCCAUGCUAUCAAACACAAAGUGGAACCCAUGUACUUCAAGAUCCUGAGCGGCGUGAUGCUGGAGGUGUUGUCUGAAGAUUUCCCAGAAUUCUUCACUGCAGAGGUGCAGGUGGUCUGGUCUAAAUUAAUGGGGGCGGUGUACUGGCACGUGACCGGGGCCUACACAGAGGUGGGCUGGCUCCAGGUCUCCAGCUCGGCAGUGUGAAGAGUGAGGAGGAAGAGGGGGGGUUUUUAGGAGUUUCCAGUGGACUUUAUGAAAUGAAAAAAUAAAAAAAAGGCAAAUGA